UAAGGUAAUAAUUCAUUACUUCCCGCCUCUGCUUCUGCCAAAGUUGCUUCGGUGCUCGUCACUUCUGCCAUUACUCGUUCUUGAGCUUCGACCCCAAGAUUGUCACGGCCGAAGCCAUGGCAGAAGGUGAGACGGUUGAGAUGGAAGCAGGAGGUUCUCUAGGAACCGUUCCUUUCCAGCUCCAGUUUGACAAACAGAUUCCAUCUCAGGUCAAGAUCGCAGAGUGGAAUCCUGAGAAGGACCUCCUCGCGAUGGUUACAGAGGAUAACAAGAUUCUCCUCCAUCGUUUUAAUUGGCAGAGACUCUGGGCUCUUUCCCCAGGGAAAGGUAUUACAUCCCUUUGUUGGCGUCCUGAUGGAAAAGCUAUAGCUCUUGGUCUUGAUGAUGGAACCAUUUUACUGCAUGAUGUUGAGAAUGGGAAGCUAUUGAGGGCAGUAAAAACUCACAGUGUUGCUGUUAUUUGUUUAAACUGGGAGGAAGUUGUCCAAACGAAGGAUGAAAACAACCUAUAUACCUAUGAAGAUCGUACUAUGCGGUUCUUUCCGCCCACUCCUAGAAUUCCUCGAAUGCAUGGACUUAGUUCUGGAGAUUGUGGGCUCGUGGAUGAUUCUGAAGAUUCAUUUCAAGAGCUAUCUAAUUGUUCUUAUCAGCAUUUCAACGUACUCUGUAGUGGAGAUAAGGAUGGCUGUAUUUGCUUUAGUGCAUUCGGCAUUUUUCAGAUGGGGAAAAUUAACAUUCGGAACAUGUCUAUUUUAACUUCUGCACUAGAUGAUAAUGUGACUUACAAGCUGCGCAAUGCUUCUAUACAAAAGGUUGCUUUAUCAAAUACAUUAUGCCAACUGAUUGUCCUUUGUGCUGGAGACUUGGUUGAAGAUGUAUCACCUGAUGAGCAUGUUUUCAAGGAUGAUGGAUUCGUUGAAAUGGGUCGAUCAGGCCCUUAUUUUGGUUCUUCUACUGGUUUACAUUGUAUACUUCUCAAUACUUCUAUAUUUCUCAAUAGAAAGAGUGAGCUCCAUCAAAUUGCCCAGCAAGCUUCAAAUAUUGAUCAUUUAAUAGACGUUAUUCGAGAGUCCCUAUCGAUGAUGUCUAAGCAAUGGUCUAGUGCAAUGAAUUCAUUUAAUGAGAAGUUUAGCAUUCUCUCUUCUUUGAUCGUCAGCCAUGGUGGUCUAGAUGGGAAUCCUCAAGAUGAAUUUUUAAGCCUUCUAUUUGGAGCUCGAACAAGUCCUCCACUUCAUCAAUUCCUUGUGAAUUCACUUGGCGAAGCGGGUUUAAAACGUAUGUCUAAAGCUGUCUAUGGAGCUGGGAAGGAGCUUCAUGUCAUCAUUCACGAGCAUCUUCAUGUACACAUCUUGUCUCAUUUUUAUUUUCAUGUCUUGGAAGCUGUACUACACCCAGCAGGGUCCCCACACUACGGCACUUCUUAUUUCCAUGCUUCGAAACGCGGAAUUUUAAAUGAAAAGGUAGCGGCUCCGUGCCUGUCCCCCAACCAAAGCUUUGCUUUUUGCACCCCCAUAGCUGCUGUGCUUUCUUUGGUACUCCAUCCAUCUCGAGAACGAGAAGGAGAAGAGAAGGAGAAGGAGAAGGAGAAGGAGAAUGGAGAGGAGCACUCCGGUGAGGAAGACGCACACUUCGACGGCAGAUCUGCUUACCUGGUCGGAGACACCACCGGCUGCUGA